AAUAACGAUUUCCCAGCCAAGUCUCCAUCUCUGCUGUCUGUACUGCCAGCAGAACCAACCACCGAACACAACUCAGGGGGUAGUCGCAAUUCGCCUCCUGCUGCCUCUCCAGCCACAUCUAGAGAGACAUCCAACAGCUGUGGUAAAGUAUCACCAGUCUCACGGGGUAAUUCCUCUUCGUCCCUGCUAGAGGAGGUGCUCAAUGCGCCCUCGACAAAGUCGCAGCUCUCCUCGCUCCUGGGCGAUGAACCCACCACCCCGAUAAAGUCUUUGGCCAGUGGUGGACCGUCUAGCGGCAAUGGCAUAAAGAAGGAGCUCCUUGCCUCGCCACCCCUGAGCCGACUUCUGGUCUCCAAGGACGGCGAAGCGAAACUGUCAACGAAGCGCGACCAAGUAGUAUAUCCUGCCUCAAUGGUUAACGGGACAGGCUACAGCGCGGAGACUGAUCCGAUGCAUCCGAAGAGGCCGAAAAUGUCGCCAAAUUCGGUGAGUUUGUUUGACCUUGACAUUUGGCCCACUAAGCCGGUGGCAACUGGAAAAUUCUACCUUCUGCUUUUGUAA